AUGAUACAUAUUUUUUUAUUUUUCCGGACUGCUUAAGCUCUUGGUGGUCCGUCCACCGUUCUCUGGAGGAGUAAAAUACAUCCGUGAAUUUCUCGUGAAUUUCCUCCGCAGUCCGACAUGGCGUCGCCCCCCACAGGGAAGAGCGACACCAACGGCUCGUCGGCGCCUUCAAACCCUAACGAUGGGGCACAGACAUGUAACAACGCCGCCUACUUUGAUGUCUCCGGGCCCGAUGGAACAGCUGAUGUUACUUUUAAGAGCCCAGAUUCUAAAGCAGUUUAUUUGCAGGACAUUCAAGGACUUGUAACCUGGGUUUUAGGUGAUGGUUUAAUGCCAUCUUGGAUUUUUGUCAAGAACAAGCCACUUAUUCAGAAGGUUGUGCUUCUCCAUCUUCCAGGAUUGGAUGCUGAUCUUUACCUUUCAAAUCCGAACUUGUUUUCAGGACUAAGAAAAUGUUUUGGAGCUCCAAAGCAAGUUUUAGCUUUAAGCUGUGUGGCAGAUGAAAUGCAAACAAUUGGUGCACUUUUAACAUACAGAGUGAAAAGAAAACACGAGGAAAUUGAAUCAAAUCAACAGUUUCAUUGUCCAACUUCAGCUAGAGAGAAAGCACUCCUUUUGGAGAAUCAAAAGGAUCUUCCUUUCCCAGUUAACUACUAUACUCAUUCACGGAGAGAGCUGGAAGAUAGUGGGUAUUGCAUCAAUCACCCAGAGUUUGUAACCACUGUUCCUGCUCCUGUCGGGACUUCACCGCAUAGAAUCCUGGCUCUUGAUUGUGAGAUGUGCAUAACUGCCAAGGGUUUCGAACUUACACGGGUGACAUUAGUUGAUGGCUGUGGAGAGGUUGUGCUAGACAAGCUUGUUAAACCUUUCAACUCUAUCCUUGAUUACAAUACUAGGUACAGUGGAAUUACUGAGGAGAUGCUGAAUGGGGUGACAACAAUGCUCAAGGAUAUCCAGGAAGAGUUUCUUAAACUCGUUUACAAAGAAACUAUCCUUGUCGGGCACUCACUUGAGAAUGAUCUGUCAGCAAUGAAGAUAUCUCAUCAGUUAAUAAUUGAUUCUGCUAUUUUAUACAAAAACCCCUGUAGCGAGGGGCAUAAGACAGCUUUGAGAGUACUAUCUGAAAAGUUUCUUUCGAGGCAGAUCCAAGCAUCAGGAAAAGGACACGAUAGUGUUGAAGAUGCGAGAGCAGCCUUAGAACUAGUAUUGCUGAAAUUCAAAUAUGGACCACAGUUUGGCACUCAUCCAUUUAUUGGUCGUAAGAAGUUGGUUUCUGUCUUGCAUGAAAGCGGCAGCACGUGCUCUCUUGUUGAUAAUUUGUUCAUAGUAAAGAGAUAUUCUGAUGGAUCAUGCAACGCCAUCCCUGUUUCUUCAGAUGAUGAGGCUCUUUCUAGAACCAUGAAGGAGAUAAAAAAGGAAAAAGUCAAGUUCAUUUGGACCAGGUUUUCAGGAUUGGAUUCAUAUUACCAGAUGCAAGCAGAGGAUCCAGGGAAGCUUGGCUGUAGAGUUGCUCAAACAAUUUCGUUGCGUACUUGUAGUAGCAAGUCGUCUGAGGAAGAUAUGAAACAUGGCAUGUUAAAUGUUAAGAUCAGGGAUAUUCUUUCUCAGAUUGACGGAAGAAUCCAAAAGCUCUAUAAUGAGUUACCUUCUAAUGCUUUGUUUAUUGUAUGCACUGGACAUGGAGAUACAGCUAGUGUGCAAAGAUUGAGAAAGAUACUUAGAGAGAACUGCAACUCGGGGAUUCACCGCGAGGAUAUAUUGCAAGCUCUAGAACAGCUUCAAGUCGGCGCAGAGAAGGCUUUGUGUUUUGUUACUGUUAAACACUUUACUUGACAGGUUACCUUGAUCUUUUCUGUUAUUAGGGUGCAGGGGAACUGCUGAUUUCAUUAUUUUCUGGCCUGUUUAUGAAGCUUUUCUGUUCAAAUGUGUUUGUGAAGGAUAUGCAGGAAUUAUUUAUACCAUCAUUUUUUGGCAAGGAUUUGAAGUUUCAUAGUGAAAUUUUUUUGAGGUA